CCGUUCUGUUUUUUUUUUUCUUUUUUUUUUGUUUGUUAUUGCUGGUCGAGCAGCGCACUUGUCAAGGCCCACCCCGCUUUUGCCACUGUUGUGCUGCCAAGCUCUGUCACUGAUGGAGGACCCGGAACGCGCAGCUGUGCAGGCGCGGAUGCCUGCUGGCUGGAGCGUGCUGCGCUCGAGCGAUGGCAAGCUCUACUAUCACGACAAGGUCGCCAACACGACGCACUGGACGUCGCCCGUGCCACUCGACGGGGCUGCUGCUGCUGCUGCGACUGCUGCUACAACUACUACAACAAACGGGACUGCGAUUGCCGCGGCAGGCGCAGCAGCUGCAGCACAGCAGCCGGCCGAGUCACCGCUUCAUCGCAACGCUUCUGUGGCUGCACAGCAACAAGCGGUCGUCGCACCGACAACAACCACUGCCAAUCAAGCGACUUCAGCACCACCUGCCGCGCCCAGCAGCAACACAUCCAACCAGCGACACUCGCUGGUUUCCGAGUCGGAAGAGACGGCCAAAACACUGCAAGCCUUCACGGGAAUUGCCUACGCGGGAAAUGCAACGACGCGCGCAUGGGCCCCAAUUCGCUCCGAACCUCUGCGGAUUUUGUUCCGACAGCUCGAAAACGAAGUGUACCAGAUCUUUGCACGCCACGAAGGGCAGAUUCUGCUCGACUUUACCAUCAAGGAGGCCUGCAAGCUGCUGCGAAGCGAAACGUUUGUGCAGUUUUUCGCUUCGGACUCAAAGCAGCUCUAUGGCGCGCGGUUUCUCGUGCUGGAGGAUGCUGCCAAGUUUGCCAAAGUGAUUGAGAAGGCCAUCCUCGGCGUGUCCUCUGGCAAGCCGACCCCGUUGUCUGAGAUUGAGGCCAUCCUCAACCCCACGGCAGAGCAGCAAGUUCUUGCCUUGAAGCGCGACGAGCAAAAGGAGGCCGCCAAGGGCCGCCAGCUCGUGUUGUUUGUCCAUCUGCCUGCCGACCAAUCCACCGUCGUGCAGGUCUCGCCCGACAUGCCUUUGGAGGAUUUGCUCAACUACGUCUGCUCUCGACGAUAUGUUGAUCCCAAAAAGCACGCCUUCCAGCUGGUGAGCGAUCCUGGUCGAUCGCUGCCGACCAAUGUGACCAUUGGCUCGUUGGAUGCGCGCGAGAUUCGUCUUGUUCGGCGGAAAGAGUCGGCCAAGCGCAACACCAUUUCAGGCAGCUUGCGGGGACUGUUCUCGGCCGGCGGCAGCAAGAAGGAGCGAGGGUCUGUGAGCGGUACGUUUGAUUCUCCUUCAUCCACAUCAUCGUCCAAGCAGCAGCGCCGCGCAUCUGUCAGUGUCGAGCCGUCACCUCUGAGCAAGUCAAAGUCAUCACCCAACCAACCCAGCGUGGACAAGGCCGACACACAGUCUCUCGCAGGCGCUGGCAAGUACGCCGGUGGCAAGAAGAGCAAUACCUUCUCUUUGUCGGGCACUUGGCGCCGAUUGCGCGGAAAGAAUGCACCGCUGACCGCCUCGGUGUCCAGCCCCGGCCCAGACCCAUCGGCCAAUGCGGGCUACGAAAAGCCCUCCAUUGUUGCCGAUGGCGAGGCUGCACGGCAGUACCUCAAGGCAAACGCUUCCGCAGUCGCCGCCGGUGCUUCCAGUAGUAGCACCUCGUCCACGCCGUCGAUCAUGUCGCUCGGCAGCGACUUUUUCUCACCCCCGACUGAUGGGGCAGCCAACGCUGCACCGUCGUCAGCGAUCUCGCAGACCCCACCGCCAGCCAGCCAGCCUUCUCCAAGUGUCUCUGCGUCGAUCGACUCGAACGGGGUCCAAUCGCAUCAUGCCAGUGCUCAUUCUGCGGCGUCGACGCCCCCUCCCGCUGUUCCUUCUAUUUCGCUCACAAUUCCAGCACUCAACGGGGGUGAUUCUGGCAGCACCAGCGCCGAUAACCGCUCGCCGUCCCAACUCUCAUCGUCGCCCGGCUCGGCGGUGAUGGACUUGUCCAAGUUUAGCUUUGACAAUCUGACACCCGAAUGGAAGAAGCUGUUUGAGCUUGCUGGCGUGAAUGCCGACAAUGUCAAGGACGAGCGCACUGCCCAGUUCAUCAUGGAGUUUGUGCGCAGCAAAGGUGGUUUGUCCAUUGCGACCAACAACCAGCCGCGGCUCACCGAUGUCACGCAAAUCGACCAAACGGGACCCGCCAUGAACGACGAGGAGAAGGCAUUCUUGGAAAACUUGCAAGCAAAUCUCAAGUCGAAUGAAAACAAGCGCAAGUCGCGACGAGGCAUUGAGGAAAUGUUCGAACCUGAGCAUUAUGCUCAAAUGCAGCAAGAGAACAAGCACAAGCUGGAAGAGGUGAACAAGCGAAUUGCAGAAGACCUCGCCAACGUUGCGGCCAUGGAAAGCAGCGAUGAAGAAGAGGAAACUGCGGCUCCACGCCCAGUCGCCGCGGAUGCCGCUCACGUCUCGAUUCAGCUUGACGACACCGCCUCAUCCUCGACUCGCCCCGUCGAGCGAGUAUCAUCCAGCGAGAAGGCUGCGGGCACCACGCCAGGUGCAGCAUCUGCUGCGGCGGCCGCCAAGAUGCACAUUCCUGCAGGAUCUGUUCGCACCCGCUCCGACCCGCCCGCGUCAUGGGCUGGCAACCAAACGUUCGCAGUGAAGUUUAUCGGUUCGGUUGAAGUUACUCAGCCAAGCGGAUUGACCACCGCCAAGCAGGCCCUGGCACAGGUGGCGGACGAUGCCUCGCUGGUGUCAAUGUCGCUCGUCUUCUCUGCCACUUCGAUUGAGUUGCAUCAUGAGGGUUCUUCGGAUGCCUUGGUGAGCUACAAUUAUUCUGGCGUUUCCUUUGGCUCCCGCAUCGGUGAUACGCCACAGUCUCCGCUGAAGAAUGUGGUUGUUUUCAUUGCAAAGAAGCGAGGCACCCGUCACGAUUGUUUGGUGCUGCAAUCUGACGCACCGACCUCUCUUAUCGAGUGUUUCGUUGCCAAGAUCAAAGGGGCACUUCAAGCUAAGAGCUCGGCUUCUGGAACGCUCAAACAGCCCACCAAGCCCGCGACAGUUCCUAUCAAGACCCCAGCCGCGCCUCAACAGCCAGCAGCACCGCAACAACCAGCCGCGCCCCAGCAGCCUGCAGCGUUGCCAGAACAGGCGGCCAAACCUACUCCCGUGCCUGUUCCCGCCCCUGUGGCAAUUGCUGCCCAAUCCGAACCCUCAGCUCAACAGUCCAUUCAAGAUUAUGUUCACUCGAGCGUUCGCUCUCACCUGGAGCACCAAGAAGAACUUGCUCGUGCAGGCAAGCCUGUGCCUGCGCUGCAGAUGCCAGAUUUUGCCCAGGAGGCAAUGAAUCAGUACCAGCAGCAACAAGAGCAGCUUCAACAGCAACAGCAACUUCAACUCCAACAACAGCAACUUCAACUCCAACAGCAGCAACAGCAGCAACAGCAGCAGCAGCAGCAGCAGCAGCAGCAGCAGCAGCAGCAAUAUCUGCCACCAAAACCAAUUUACCCCCAGCAACCCGUCUAUGAGGAAGCCCCCGUGCCUCCGCCCCCAAUCUUUGACGACGACUUGCAGCCUGCCAUGGCACCGGUUGUGAGUGCCAAGUAUGCGGCGAAUAUGGCGCGGUUUAACGCCAUGACGGCUCAGUCGCUCGAUUUGGACUCGCUGCCUCCGCCGCCCUCGCUCGACUCGCUGCCGUUGCCGGAUCCGCAAAUGCUCGACCACAACUUGGAUCCGUUGAUGGAGGAGAUGGACGAUGAUGGGUUUGGAGCCUUGCCACCUCCGCCGCCUUCGACCGAGGUCUUUAGCACGACUUCAUUUGGUCGUAUUCCACCCAUCCCCGCGUUCGGUUCGACUAAUCAUGCCACUCCUCCGCCUCCUGCGUCGUUUGCUGCACCUGCGGUGCACGUUGUUGUUCCUCCAUUGUAUGUGGAUGACGAUGACGAACCGCCGCCGCCGCCACCAGUGUGGUGAAGCCCCUUCCAAUGUCUUUAUUUUUUUGUUUGGUUUUGUUUGUUGGGGGAGAGGGAGAUUUUUCUCGUUUCCUUGUGUCCCUUGUUGUUGGUUGAUAACUUUUCUUCUUGAACUGGGUUUGAACUGAAGUAAAGGAUCAUCAAACUCGCCUC